AUGAAACGCAACAACGGUGUAGAUGCGCUCGAUGCGCCCAAGAAGCGUCGCAGUACAGUUAAACGACAGCAUUCUACCGAACGGUUCCUACAGAAUUUGCCCUGCUACAAACUAACACCAAAGUUGCCCCGAUGCCGUGAUUGCGGACGUUCAGCGGCAGCACGUUCACGAGACGCACUCGCCGUACGCGCAGAUGAUGAUCUGUGUCGAUUCAUUGCGUUCCGCAAAUUGAAAUACAACGAAGAAGGAGUGCUGGAGGUGAAUGGAUUUGCUGACCCCCGCUUGGAUCCCAAGGAGGCGGACAUUUGCUUGUGGAGCUCCAAUUUGAAAGAAGUACCAGUGGAUCUAUCGUUGGAAACAUCCAAAUUUUUACUUGGUCAGGUAGGCCACAAGUUUUGCGAAUUGUUUCAGCAGGAAAUGGAAGCAUGCUUUGAGCAUAUGUCUGAAGAUACAACCAUAGCCUGGAGGCAAGCCGUGCGAGGUGUACGGGAGAUGUGUGACGUGUGUCAGACGACGCUCUUUAACUACCAUUGGGUUUGCACUAGUUGCGGUUUCGUCGUAUGCCUCGACUGUUAUAAAUGUAAAAAACGCGGCUCUGGAACGUUACAAACCACUACGAAAGACAAAGAUGACGCAGGUUGGUUUAUGUGCAGUGUGACGAAGGAACCGCACAUCCAGUCUCGCCUUAUGAUAACACAAAUUAUACCGGGAGACUGUUUCAACAAGUUGGUGCGGCAAAUGCACGGAAUUUGCGCACUGCUCGGGAUUCCGCUUGAUUGCGAGUGCCCGCUCAGCCAAGAGUCACGGUUUCGAAAAAUCAAAGAUAAACUGGAGUUUAUCUAUCCCGUGACGGUCGAUGCAGAUACGCUGACGAGCAACGGGAACAAUCACGAACGCGAUAACAGCGGUCACCUACCGGUAAAGCUCACAAUCAAAGAUAUCGAACCGAUGGUGACCCAGCUGGAAGGCGAAAUUUCGGAUGCUGAACCGAAUGCCUAUAGAAUUUCGUUCGUAAAGCAAUGUCUUUCAAGCGAACAAACACAUACAGGCGAUAAUAGCGUUUUCGUGCCAUUGGAUGACACUAGCGACGGUGAUGUACAGCGCGAAAACCAGAACUACAGCGUUGCUUGGGCGGGUACGGUAAACGAAAGCGGUGGCCAACCUUCUCAUCGUCCACUCGAAGCAGAUGAAGCGAACGCGGUAGAAGACUCAUCAAUUACUGCAAAACCGUCACCCCCUCUCGUAACUUACAGCGAAAACGGACGCUUCAAACCCUCUCCACCCCUAGACUCGAAAACGUUGGGACUGAUCAUCAAACAAAUUUUAAAGUUCGACAAGGAUAGUGGCGUUUUCAGCUCAAAUCAAUGCCCGAUGGCCAGCGACGAGGAAGCAGCCGCACCGAUGCCAAAGAUUCCUGAGUAUGUGAUAAUUCAACGCGAUCUGAUCCAGCAGUUUUUGAUCGGAUUUUUAGGAGAUUUUGAGUUGCUGAACAGUGAGCACAACACAAAUGAUCUCUUCGUUGAUGUCAACACCCGUAGAUGCAACAUGCACAGCAAGGAAAGUCAGCAACAGUUCCGGAAGGGCGAAAGAACUAUGACGUUAGCCACAUCGUCCGCCAUGUAUCCGGGUUUGGCACACGAGUGGCUUUGCAAUGGGAAGCUUCUGCGCUUGCUCGAUCCGCUCAGCCGUCACAAUUAUCAAACGUUUCACGAUCAAUGGGAACGCGGCCAACCGGUGAUGGUUUCGUCAGUGUCCGGUGCGAUGAACAUGGAACUCUGGACGCCGCAGUCAUUCGACCGUGACUUUGGAGAGCAGCCGUCCGAUUUAGUUAAUUGUCUGAACGGGAAAAUCGUAAAGGGUUACUCGAUGCACGUGUUUUGGGCCGGUUUUCAGUCGAUCGAUGACCGAUUGCUCGAUGAGCACAAGUGUCCUAUGCCGCUGAAGCUCAAGGAUUGGCCACCGGGUGAUGAUUUUGCCGAGCUGAUGCCAUCCCGAUUUGACGAUCUGAUGAAAUCGCUUCCGUUGGCGGAGUACACGCGGCGUAGCGGGCGUCUCAACCUAGCCAGCAGACUGCCUGGCUUCUUUGUACGACCCGAUCUUGGACCAAAGAUGUACAGUGCAUACGGAUCAGCCAUGAACCCAAAAAAAGGCACCACCAGUCUGCAUCUCGAUAUUUCUGACGCCGUCAACGUGAUGGUGUACGUCGGAACACCGGCGGAUGAAACACGAGAACAAUACAAUCGAAAGGUACUUGAAUCGAUCGGUAUUGACGACUGCGAUGCGCAAACGCGUCGUCGAAUCAAUGAGCGGGAGGAUCUACCCGGUGCACUGUGGCACAUUUAUCACGCGCAAGACGCGGAUAAGAUACGCUCGUUCUUAAGAGGCAUAGAUCGUGAACGGGGAAAUAAUAUCAAACCAAAUCACGAUCCGAUUCACGACCAGAAGUGGUACCUCGAUGCGAACAUGCGCAAACGAUUGCUACAGGAGUAUCAGGUCGAAGGCUACUCGAUCGUGCAGUGCUCCGGUGACGCGAUCUUCAUACCGGCCGGUGCUCCACAUCAGGUUCUAAACCUUCAUAACUGCAUCAAGGUGGCGGAGGACUUUGUGUCGCCGGAAAAUAUCUCCUAUUGCUUCCAGCUAACGAACGAGUUCCGAUACCUGACCAAGACUCACUCAAACCAUGAGGAUAAAUUGCAGAUUAAAAACAUUGUCUAUCACACGGUAAAAGAUGCGGUGUCCACUAUUGCCAAUCCAUUAAUCAUAAUGGCAGACAAUCAGCGUCCUGCGAACACGGUUAAAGUAGGGAAUGAUUAGAGCCAGCAAACCGAUGUAUGAGAUUCGAGAUUUUGUUAGAGCCUUAGAAAUUUCUAAUAUAGGGGUAAUGCAGUUGGACUAUUGAGAGAUAUACGGUUUUGAACUGGAUCUGGAUGAACUGGAUGUACAAGUUUGAAUUAGAUUAUUUUUAUUUGUAUAGCUACACUGCAGUGCAGUGUAGAAAGCGGUAAGCGGUCAAUACCAGGAAAACUUCCCCAGAAGCUCCCCAGAAAACUUCCCCAGAAGCUGGUGCCAGAGACCGAUUAGCAGACAA